AUGUAUAAAAUUAUCACCAAAUUACUUACGUUUUUCUAUAAUUUAAUUGUUGGAUGCUUUAUUGCAUUACUUCCAAUUGGAUUUUUACCAAGAAAAGAUGUUAAAUCAAAAAUUGUUCUUAUUACUGGUGGUGGAAAUGGAUUAGGUAGAAAUUUAGCUAUAUCAUUUGGAAAAUUAGGAUCAAAAAUUGUUUUAUGGGAUGUUGAUAAGAAAGGAUUAGAAGAAACAAUGAAUAUAUUAAAAGAAGAUAAUGUUGAAUGUUGGAAUUAUGUUGUUGAUGUAACUAAUAAAGAUCAAAUAUAUGAAGUAGCUAAUAAAGUUAAAAAAACUAUUGGUACAGUUGACAUUCUUAUCAAUAAUGCUGGUAUUGCAAAUGGAAAAUUAUUUAUUAAUACAUCAGAUAAUGAUUUACAAAAAAUUAUUAAUAUUAAUUUAAUGGCACAUUUUUAUACAUGUAAAGCAUUCCUUCCAGAUAUGAUUACCAAAAAUUCAGGUCAUAUUGUUAAUAUGGCUUCAUUAGCAGGUAAAGUACCAUCAACAGGAAUUGUUGAUUAUUCAUGUUCAAAAUUUGCCGUCGUUGGAUUUUCAUCAGCUUUAGAGGAAGAACUUAAUAUAAUCUCAAAUGGAAAAAUAAAAGUUACAACAAUUUGUCCAUAUUUUAUUAAAACAAAUUUAACUGCAGAACUUGAUGUACCAUCAACAUUUUUAUUACCAGUUAUUGAACCUGAAGAAGCAACAGAAAUUAUGAUGGAAGGUAUAUUAACUGAACAAUCACAAAUAUUACUUCCAAAAUUCAGUUAUAUAUUUGCACUUCUAUAUAAUAUUUUGCCUACAAGAGCUUUUUAUGCUUUAAAAGAUACACAGGACUUAAAAAAUAGAAUUAUGGAACAAGUAGAAAAAAGAGAAAAAAAAGAAGAUUAA